GCCAACGAUACGAUUUGUGCGAGGCAGAGCUCUCACCCUACAAAUACAAAUGGCCGUUAACUGUACACACACACACACGCACAUACACAUAUACAGACAGAUACAGAUGUACGCGCAAGUCCACACACAUGACAUGGUCACUCACUCACUCAGCCGUCCGGCUUGGAGUCAGCCAACCAAGCAGCUGUGUGUAUUAUAUAGCUCACCACACACACACACGUAUGUCGAUAACGCACAUCCAUCCAGCCAGCCAGCCAGUCAGUCUCCUGAGGACCCCUCCCCACGGCUGCCUCUACGAUGGGGACGAAUUAUGCACAGACAGACACGUCAUGUACAGCACACCCCACAGCCUCACCCACUCACCCACCCCACCCAGGCCUCUCCUUCUUCGGUCGGUCAGGUGGGUGUGGUUGUGGGUCAGAUGGCCUUGUCUUUGGGCGGUGAAGAUGGUGAGGAUGCUUUCCUCACCCGGAAGACCGACAGGUACGCCUUCCGCUUCCGAGCCACACCCAACACCAACCGAUAAAACACCACACACGUCACCGCCAGCACGCCCAGCACACCAGCCGCCACCAAAAGCCUCUCGCGAUAUAACCGGGACUCAAACCUGACCACACACAGGGAGGGUAUGCAGCAAUAGGCGUGUGUGGUUUGGCAUUUGGGUGUGGAGUAGUGGUUGGUGUGCUGCCUGGCUGGCUGGCUGACCUCCUGACGAUGUGUAUGGCUUCAGCAAAGUAAGCGAGAGCGUUGAUGAGGGCCACGAUCUCGUUCCUCUCGAGAGACACAACUCGAUAGUCGGCCGCUGACGCCUGCACACAUACACAGGGACGGGGACCACACACACAUGCGGCCAGUCCACCCUGCUGUCUGUGUGUGUGUUGGUGUGUGUGGCUCUCUGACUGACCCUGAGUGCGAGGCUGAGUGCGGUCAUUUUGAGUCUGCCGUGCAGGCGGCACUUCUCGCACUCCACACAGUCGAGGAUCCUGGUAAUGUUGUGGAACUGACGAAGGGCCUCAGAGGACCUGACACGACACACACAGGCCAUCCAUACAAAUGGACGUACGUACGUACGUACACGAUUGAUUUGCGCUAGUUAGUCCUCUGGCUCACUGACUUCUUUUCGAAGAGUGGUUCGUCCAUGUAUUGCGGUCGGCAUGAUGCGAACGUAUGGUUGAGCAAGUGGAACAGGUCGGCACGCGCCUGCAGGUCCUCCGACUUGUUCCCUGCAAUGCACCAGACCAGACCACCACACCCCACACAUCGAAAUCGACAGGGCACAGCACACGUCGUGGAUGGGAUGGGAUGCAUCCCUCGGGGUCCGUCCGUCCGUCCGUCCCUACCUGUUUCACAAUGGCAUUCCUCGAGUAUUGGCGACACAUGGCACACAGUCCGCAGGAGGAUGGCCAAGGUGAAGUACAGGUUGGCUAUCCUGUCGUCAUACGGACCCAGCUUGGCCUUGUAGAACGACAUGCUGUAACUGUAGCGAGAACCAACACCACUCCCACCACCACCGCUCCCAUGGGUCUCGAUGGCGCCAUUGUGCCUCUCGGGUACGUGGUAGUACUCUGCUGACAGCGCUGCGAUGUUGCUGUGCAUGCCCGAUAUGAUGCGGUAGAAGUUCUCUUCAUCCAAACAGGUCUCGUCGCUCUCCAGGCAGUUCUCACGGUAGAUGAGGUACCAGAUGUGCCCCCCUGAGUAGGCCGUAUACGACGGCCGGUUCAGCGUCAGGUCGACGUAGGUGGCCUUGUGGGAGGCCUCCCCCGAUAUGAGCUGCGCGAACGCUUCUGGGGAUCCGGGCGGCGCCUCCCAGACCGAGCUGAGGUCGUACCUGUCGGUCUCCUUCCACGGUGUGAAUGAGAGGUCCUCACUGUGGCUGCGGUCGACGAAGUUCUCGACGGGCUUCAUCUGCCAUGGCUUGGGGAUGUCAUCCUCAUCGCACUCGCACACCGAGCAGCCCUGAGGAUUCUGACCUGUAGGUUGAUUGACACACAGCGGAGCCAUGGGGCGAGAGGGGUGGUGGUGGGUUCUUCUUUGGUGCGUCUGCGUACACAUGGCCUCCAUGGCGUAGAAGGGGCAUUCUUUGCUCAAGUCGGCCUUGAAGAUCCUGAACCACACACACACAGAGAUGCAGUGCAGACCAGCAGGCAGUCAGUUACGCCAUCCGACUGUUCCUUCACUGCCCUACUUGAAGAAUGUUUUGGCCUGCAAUCUCUGCAGUAUGGGUGUGAGCGUGAGGGCGUCCUGCUCUAUCUCCCCAGCCGAGGGGACGGAGGGGGGGAGCACCACUGACGCAGAGGAUGUCUGCAGCACGGUGGUGACGGUUACCGCACAGGUGACCCCACACCAGAGCAUUGCGGUGGACGACAGUGUCGAGCCCAUCUCAUUACCCAAGGACUUUGUUCGCCACGUUGCG